CUGCGCCUGCGCGGGCACGGGACGUCUGCUCGCUCCGCAAUGACUGCCAGCUCCGUGGAGCAGCUGCGGAAGGAGGGCAACGAGCUGUUCAAAUGCGGAGACUACGAGGGCGCCCUGACGGCCUACACCCAGGCGCUGGGUCUGGGCGCGACGCCCCAGGACCAGGCCAUUCUGCACCGCAACCGGGCCGCCUGCCACCUCAAGCUGGAAGAUUACAACAAAGCAGAAACCGAGGCAUCCAAAGCUACCCUCACCUUUUCUGAGGCUGGAGUACCGAGCCCCACACUCAUCCCCCCACCUUCCUCUGGCCCUGGAGAUCUUUCCCUCCUGCUCUUCCCUCCCGUCUCCCCGCCUGGAGACGGUGGCCUCAUGGGUGCUGACAGAGCUCCUGUCUGUGCUCAGCCAUUGAAAAGGACGGCGGGGACGUCAAAGCGCUUUACCGGCGGAGCCAAGCCCUAGAGAAGCUGGGCCGCCUCGACCAGGCUGUCCUUGACCUGCAGAGAUGCGUGAGUCUGGAGCCCAAGAACAGAGUUUUCCAGGAGGCCCUGAGGAACAUUGGGGGCCAGAUUCAGGAGAAGGUGCGAUACAUGUCCUCGACGGAUGCUAAAGUGGAACAGAUGUUUCAGAUACUGUUGGACCCAGAAGAGAAAGGCACUGAGAAAAAGCAAAAGGCUUCUCAGAACCUGGUGGUGCUGGCCCGAGAAGACGCUGGGGCUGAGAAGAUCUUCCGGAGCAAUGGGGUUCAGCUCUUGCAGCGCCUGCUGGACACGGGAGAGACUGACCUCAUGCUGGCAGCUCUGCGCACGCUGGUCGGCAUUUGCUCUGAGCACCAGUCACGGACGGUGGCAACCCUCAGCGUACUGGGAACUCGGCGAGUGGUCUCCAUCCUGGGCGUGGAAAACCAGGCCGUGUCCCUAGCUGCCUGCCACCUGCUGCAGGUUAUGUCUGAUGCCCUCAAGGAAGGCAUCAAGAAAGGCUUCCGAGGCAAAGAAGGCGCCAUCAUUGUGGAUCCUGCCCGGGAGUUGAAGGUCCUCAUCAGUAACCUCUUAGAGCUACUGACCGAGGUGGGGGUCUCCGGCCAAGGCCGAGACAAUGCCCUGACCCUCCUGAUUAAAGUGGUGCCUCGGAAGUCUCCUAAGGACCCCAACAACAGCCUCACCCUCUGGGUCAUUGACCAAGGUCUGAAAAAGAUUCUGGAGGUGGGGGGCUCUGUACAAGACCCUCCUGGGGAGCUCACGGUGACAGCGAACAGCCGCAUGAGUGCCUCCAUUCUUCUCAGCAAGCUCUUCGAUGAUCUGAAGUGUGAUGCCGAGAGGGAGAAUUUCCACCGCCUCUGUGAAAACUACAUCAAGAGCUGGUUUGAGGGCCACGGGCUGGCCGGGAAGCUACGGGCCAUCCAGACAGUGUCCUGCCUCCUGCAGGGCCCAUGUGAUGCCGGCAACCGGGCCUUGGAGCUGAGUGGGGUCAUGGAGAGCGUGAUUGCUCUGUGCGCCUCCGAGCAGGAGGAGGAGCAGCUGGUGGCCGUGGAGGCUCUGAUCCAUGCAGCUGGCAAGGCCAAGCGGGCCUCCUUCAUCACCGCCAACGGCGUCUCACUGCUGAAGGACCUGUACAAGCGCAGCGAGAAGGACAGCAUCCGCAUCCGGGCCCUGGUGGGACUCUGUAAGCUCGGCUCGGCUGGAGGGACCGACUUUAGCAUGAAGCAGUUUGCUGAAGGCUCCACUCUCAAACUGGCCAAGCAGUGUCGAAAGUGGCUAUGCAACGACCAGAUUGACGCAGGUACUCGGCGCUGGGCGGUGGAGGGCCUGGCUUACCUCACCUUUGAUGCCGACGUGAAGGAAGAGUUUGUGGAGGAUGAGUCUGCUCUGAAGGCUCUGUUCCAGCUCAGCAGGUCUGAGGACAGGUCAGUGCUCUUCGCGGUGGCCUCGGCACUAGUGAACUGCACCAACAGCUACGACUACGAGGAGCCCGAUCCCAAGAUGGUGGAGCUGGCCAAGUACGCCAAGCAGCAUGUGCCUGAGCAGCACCCGAAGGACAAACCGAGUUUCGUGCGGGCUCGGGUGAAGAAGCUGCUGGCAGCAGGUGUGGUGUCGGCCAUGACGUGCAUGGUGAAGACCGAGAGCCCCGUGCUGACUAAUUCCUGCAGAGAGCUGCUCUCCAGGGUCUUCCUGGCUUUGGUGGAAGAGGUAGAGGACCGAGGCACUGUGGUUGCUCAGGGAGGGGGCAAGUCUCUGAUCCCGCUGGCCCUGGAAGGCACCGACGUGGGGCAGACGAAGGCAGCCCAGGCUCUCGCCAAGCUCACCAUAACCUCCAACCCAGAGAUGACCUUUCCCGGCGAGCGGAUCUAUGAGGUGGUCCGGCCCCUUGUCUCCCUGUUGCACCUCAACUGCUCAGGCCUGCAGAACUUCGAGGCACUCAUGGCUCUAACGAACCUGGCGGGAAUCAGCGAGAGGCUCCGGCAGAAGAUCCUGAAGGAGAAGGCAGUGCCCAUGAUCGAGGGCUACAUGUUUGAGGAGCACGAGAUGAUCCGCCGGGCAGCCACGGAGUGCAUGUGCAACCUGGCCAUGAGCAAGGAGGUGCAAGACCUCUUUGAAGCCCAGGGCAAUGACCGGCUGAAGCUGCUGGUGCUGUACAGUGGAGAGGACGAUGAGCUGCUACGGCGGGCGGCUGCCGGGGGCCUGGCCAUGCUCACCUCCAUGCGGCCCUCGCUCUGUAGCCGCAUCCCCCAAGUGACCACUCACUGGCUAGAGAUCCUGCAGGCCCUGCUUCUGAGCCCCAGCCAGGAGUUGCAGCACCGGGGUGCGGUGGUGGUACUGAACAUGGUGGAGGCCUCAAGGGAGACUGCCAGCACCCUGAUGGAGAGCGAGGUGCUAGAGAUCCUGUCAGUACUGGCUAAGGGCGAGGAGAGCCCUGUCACAAGGGCUGCUGCAGCCUGCCUGGGAAAAGCAGUGGAAUAUAGGCUCAUCCAGCCCAACCGGGAUGGAGAGUGAGGGCUGCCCCUGGGCUCAUGCACACACUACUGCUGCAGCACAGAGAGCCAAAACAGAAGCAGCCGUGGCUGGUGGGGGCUGGUGUUCAGAACACUCUUGCCUCUCCUCCCUAGCUGCCGUUGGAUGUCCUCUGUUCUGAGUCAGCGGCUACAUUCAGUCACACAGCCCUGCUCAGCCCGCACUGCCUCCAGCAUCACUCAGAGGGGCCCUUUUUCUGAUCUACUGCACACAGCCGGGAAUGGGGAAGGCGCGUCCAGCUCAGGCCUGUGCAUUCUGGGGCUUCGGGAAGGGCACAUCAGCAGCAUCACCAGCUGUGAGCAUCACCUGAGCUUGCUAAGUAGGCCUGCCCCGACCCUCUAAUAAAAGUGUGAGGGACUCAAGUGUGUGCCCCAUCCUUGGGCAGGGAGGGCUGCUGUGGGUGGGAGUAUCUGGAGCAGCAGCUGGGCUUGGGUGUGCGUAGCGGAGCCUU